AAGAGGAAGAGAGAGAGAGGAAACAAGCAAGACGCUGAUCAGGACAGUUGUCUUUCACGGUCUCUGUGACACCUUUUUCAUCAUAAAUAAGUGCACCCUGCUCUUGGGGCUGACUUGAAGCAUGCUGGGGGAGAAUCAGCCAACGACCAGUAAUCUAAACCUGAUAAACUCAGAGGUUUCUGACUCCACUGCCACACUAGAUGCACAAGACCAUAUCAAGAUGGCUGAUCUUGUGGAAAGCUUGGAUGCCAGAGAGCUGGAUAUCGGGGAAGGAGAUGAGAAUGACUAUGAUGCAAACUACUUAGGGGACUGUCGUAUCCCAUUUUCAGCAGUGUACGCCACGGUGGGUUUUAAGGAGGCCAGCGCGAAGGUGUACCUCUCCACUGUGCCCAUUACUGUCCGAAUCCUGGAGGUAGAGAGAUUCACCACAGCUCAGGACCGCUUUAACCAGUCACAAAACCGGAGUGUCAACAAGUCUCUGCCAGCUGUGUUCAAGAUUGAGCUGAAACACGGUGAGUUCACCUGGAUGGUGAAGAGGAAGGAGAAACAUUUCAUGGAGCUGCACAGGGAGCUCAGGACAUACAAGACCUUCAUGAGGAUACCGUUACCGUCGCGCAGCCACACAGUGAGACGAAGGACGGUGAGGAAGAGCGAGGUGAGGGAGAUGCCUUCCCUGCCGAGGGGAGUAGCAGACGAGCUGGUGCGAGAUGAGCAGGUCUCCAGCAGGAGGAGACAGUUAGAAGACUAUUUGAACAAGCUGCUGAGGAUGGCCAUGUACCGCAAAUAUCACCACACUAUGGCGUUCAUUGACGUCAGCCAGCUGUCUUUCAUUCAUGACUUGGGACCCAAAGGAUUAGAAGGGAUGAUCUAUAAGCGGUCAGGUGGACACCGUAUCCCUGGCAUGAAUUGCUGUGGUCAAAGCAAAGCCUGCUAUCGCUGGUCCAAACGCUGGCUGGUGGUGAAGGACUCGUGUUUGCUGUACAUGAAGCCUGACUCAGGAGCCAUCUCCUUUGUGCUGCUGGUAGAUAAAGAGUUCACCAUCAAAAUGGACUCUAAAGAGACAGAGACCAAACAUGGAGUCCGGAUUGACAGCCUCUCCAGGACCCUGGUGUUUAAGUGCAGCAGCUACAGACACGCGCGCUGGUGGGGUCAGAGCAUCGAGAGCUUCAUAAGGAAUCACGGGAAGGCUUUCCUGCGGGAUCAUCGCUUCGGAUCGUUUGCACAGGAGCAGGAAAACAUCCCAGCGAAAUGGUAUGUUAAUGGAAAAACUUACAUGGAGGAUGUGGCUGACGCUCUGGAGGAGGCCAAAGAGGAGAUCUUCAUCACUGACUGGUGGCUGAGCCCCGAGAUCUUCUUGAAGAGACCUGUGGUGGAGGGCAACAGGUGGAGACUGGACUGUAUCCUCAAACGCAAAGCACAACAGGGAGUUCACAUCUUUGUGAUGUUGUAUAAGGAGGUGGAACUUGCCCUGGGCAUCAACUCAGGCUACAGCAAGAGGACCCUCAUGCACCUGCACCCCAAUAUUAAGGUGAUGCGUCAUCCAGACCACGUCUCCUCCUCGGUCUACCUGUGGGCACAUCACGAGAAGAUCAUUGUGGUCGACCAAUCGGUGGCUUUCGUGGGCGGGAUCGACCUGGCGUACGGCCGCUGGGACGACAGAGAGCACCGGCUGACGGACGUCGGCAGUGUGACACGCUCCGUGGCCCUGGAGCAGGCGGGUUCCACCAAUGCUCCCUCCAACAUGGGUGUGCCCCCUGUGGAUGGCAUCUCCCAAAGCAAUGGACAGGGGACGCCACCCAAUGAGCCGAUGGACUUGCCCAAGCUGAAGGGCAUCGGCCGCCACAGGAUGGUUCGCUUUAGUCUGUACAGACACCUGCAUAAACACACUAUACAGCACGCAGACAGUGUCAGCAGUGUGGACAGUGCAGGGAGUGGCUCUGUGCGGAGUCUGAAAACAGGUGUUGGAGAGUUGCAGGGUAACACUCGCUUCUGGCAUGGAAAAGACUACUGCAACUUUGUGUACAAGGACUGGAUCCAGCUGGAGAAACCCUUUGAUGACUUUAUUGACAGAUAUACCACUCAAAGAAUGCCGUGGCAUGACAUUUCCUCCGUGGUUCACGGCAGAGCUGCCCGAGAUGUGGCCAGACACUUCAUUCAGCGCUGGAACUUCACAAAGAUCAUGAAGCCCAAGUAUCGCUCCCUGUCUUAUCCUUUCCUGCUGCCCAAGUCGCACUCCACUGCCAAUGAGCUCAGAUACCAGGUCCCUGACAGUGUUGAUGCCAAAGUACAAGUGUUGCGGUCAGCUGCAGACUGGUCUGCAGGCAUAAAGUACCACGAGGAGUCCAUUCAUAAUGCCUACAUCCAGGUCAUCGCCAAGAGCAAACACUACGUCUACAUUGAGAACCAGUUCUUCAUCAGCUGCACCGACAACAGAACGGUGUACAACAAGAUCGGAGACGCCAUCAUUGAGAGGAUCAUCAGAGCUCACAAGGAGGGUAAGAGGUACCGCGUCUAUGUGGUCACUCCACUGCUUCCUGGCUUUGAGGGAGACAUCACGACAGGGGGAGGCAACGCCAUUCAGGCUGUCAUGCACUAUAACUACAGGACCAUGAUCCGAGGAGAGUACUCCAUCAUAUCCCAGCUGAAAAAGGAGAUGGGCGACAACUGGAUUAACUACAUCUCCUUUGCUGGUUUGCGGACUCAUGCUGAGCUGGAGGGACGCCUGGUCACAGAGCUCAUCUACGUCCACAGCAAGAUGCUCAUCGCCGACGACAACACAGUCAUCAUCGGCUCUGCCAACAUCAACGACAGGAGCAUGCUGGGUAAACGCGACAGUGAGGUGGCAGUGAUUGUUGAAGACUCCCAAAAGGUGGCUUCUGUGAUGGAUGGCCAGGAGUAUGAAGCUGGACCGUACGCUCUCCAGCUACGCCUGGAAUGCUUCAGGUGUGUUCUCUCUGGUCACACUGACUCCAGCAUCGAUCUGUCUGACCCCAUCAGCGAUCGUUUCUAUAAAGAAGUGUGGAUGACCACAGCCGGACGCAAUGAUACCAUUUAUGAGAAGGUGUUCCGCUGCCUUCCUUCAUCUCUGGUGCGGAACAUGACCGAGCUGGAGCAGUUCCAGUCCAAACCAGGCCUGGCCCAGACCGACAAGGCCCGCGCACAGGAGGAGCUGCGCAAAAUCCGAGGCUUCUUGGUUCAGUUUCCUCUGGAUUUCCUGUCUGAACACAACCUCAUGCCCUCUGUCGGUUCAAAGGAGGCUAUGGCUCCCACCGAGCUCUGGACAUAAAG